GCGUGGCAUGUCCGUGAUUUGCCCGCCUUUGCUGGCCGACAAUCCUUUAACUUUUGGAAACCUCCACUGGGCUUCUAGAAUUCUGUUCCCCCAGCCGGGCUUAACAACUGAUGUGAAGAUACAGUGGCAGAGAAGCAGAGGAAGCGGCUUUUGCUUGCGCGCCUGGCUUUUGACUCUCUCUCUUAUUUAAGCCCCUCCCUCUCCUCCUUGACUGGAUCCAGGCGUCCUACGUUUUCUUCCAUCUACCCGGUCUGAGGACUGAACCAUGGCCUCGAUAAAGUCCCUUCUGAACCCCAUUGUCCCUGCCUCCAGGGAGUGCAGUCCUACCCCGACGAGCUUGUCACCCGCAACGAUGACUUCCCGGUCGCCCCGCCAAAAGAGACAGAAGGUUGUCAAAGACCAACCGUCUUUCAAAAAGGCCAACACCCGCGGGGACCUUCGUUAUCCACCUCAUGAGGAACGCGAUGAAGAGUUGGAGAGGAUCCAUACACAGUUCCAACUCCAUCCACUGCGUGAUAUUGCCAAUUUCCCGGCCCACAUACCCUAUUGUAGUCAGAAGAAGUCGUUCAAAGGGCGAACAGGACGGGGUAGCCUGGAAGUAUUUCACUACACGUUCCAGAUCCCCAAUGGCGACGGGAAGAAAUGGGUUGUUUCCUGGGACUACAACAUCGGCCUUGUUCGCACGACGUCCCUUUUCAAGUGCACCCAGCAUCCGAAGACUGCCCCCGCAAAGGCGUUGAAAAUGAACCCCGGCCUCAGCAAAAUCAGCCACAGCAUUACGGGCGGCGCACUCAUCGGACAAGGGUACUGGAUGCCCUUCGAGGCCGCCAAGGCACUGGCUGCCACCUUCUGCUGGAGGAUUCGAUACGUCUUAACGCCUCUUUUUGGUCUCGACUUCCCCUCCCGGUGCAUUCCCCCGGAAGACAGCCGAUAUGGUGACAUGAGGAUCGACCCGGCGAUCAUCCUCCAAGCCACCAGAGAGGCAGCCUACUACCGCGGCUUGGAGCUGGCGGCCUCUCCGCGCCCGCAAGACAUCGAGGGAGACCGACAGAAUAUUAUAUUUCGCCCGGCACCUCCCCAGUCCGGUUCACUCCAGCCAAAGUCCCACGCAGAACAGAAAGCGUCUUGUCAUACGCAGCUUUCCCGGAAAGUACACAGCACGAAUUCAACGCGUGGGUGACGGGCUCUGACCGCAGCCUCUCGGAGAGCUACAGCGCGAACGACAGUCACGAUAGCCAUGUCGAGGAUGGCAGCUAUAUU